GAGGGGCGUGAUCGGAUGUGUCACUUCCGGCGCGCGACAGACCUGGCCUCCCUUUGCUUCCGCGGCGGGGCCGGAAGUAGAGGCGACGGUGGCGGAGGCCCAAAGCGAAGGAAAGUGGGGAGUCGGAGAGACCCAGCCGGAGUCCUAGCGGCGGAGACCCCUGUGCGGUCCGGAGGGGGCGGCGGCCCCGACUCUGACCCGCGCCGGGGGGUGGGCCAUGGCGGAAAUCAGCGACCUGGAUCGGCAGAUCGAGCAACUGCGGCGCUGCGAGCUCAUCAAAGAGAGCGAAGUCAAGGCCCUGUGCGCUAAGGCCAGAGAGAUCUUGGUAGAAGAGAGCAACGUGCAGAGGGUGGACUCGCCAGUCACAGUAUGUGGUGACAUCCAUGGACAAUUCUAUGACCUCAAGGAGCUUUUCAGAGUAGGUGGCGAUGUCCCUGAGACCAACUACCUCUUCAUGGGAGACUUUGUGGACCGUGGUUUCUACAGUGUUGAAACCUUCCUCCUCCUGCUGGCUCUUAAGGUUCGAUAUCCUGACCGCAUCACUUUGAUCCGGGGCAAUCACGAGAGCCGCCAGAUCACCCAGGUCUAUGGCUUCUAUGAUGAGUGCUUGCGCAAAUAUGGCUCAGUGACUGUCUGGCGCUACUGCACUGAGAUCUUUGACUACCUCAGCCUGUCCGCCAUCAUCGAUGGCAAGAUCUUCUGUGUGCAUGGGGGCCUCUCCCCUUCCAUCCAGACCCUGGACCAGAUCCGGACGAUUGACCGGAAGCAAGAGGUGCCCCAUGAUGGACCCAUGUGUGACCUCUUGUGGUCUGACCCUGAAGACACCACAGGCUGGGGAGUGAGCCCCCGUGGGGCAGGCUACCUGUUCGGCAGUGAUGUGGUGGCCCAGUUCAAUGCAGCCAAUGACAUUGACAUGAUCUGCCGUGCUCACCAGUUGGUGAUGGAAGGUUACAAGUGGCACUUCAAUGAGACCGUGCUUACUGUGUGGUCAGCACCUAAUUACUGCUACCGCUGUGGGAAUGUGGCAGCCAUCUUGGAACUGGAUGAGCAUCUCCAGAAAGAUUUCAUCAUCUUUGAGGCUGCACCCCAAGAAACACGUGGCAUCCCCUCCAAGAAGCCGGUGGCCGACUAUUUCCUGUGACUCCUUGGCCCCAGCCCCUCUGGCCCUUGGACCACUGUGACUGCCCUCUUCCCAGGCGGAGGCUGGUGUGGAGGGGCUGCCUGGCUUGGCUGGCCCCAGGGUGCGGACUGCUCUGGAGAGGUUGGGGCUUCUGCUCCGGGCUUCUCUUCUUCUCCCACUUUGUCCAUGAAGUUUUCCAGUCAUUUUUCCUUUUUUUUUCUUUUUUUCUUUUUUGGUUUUGUUUUUAGAUAAAACAUUUUGAGAAAAAAAAAAAGAAAAAAAUUCUAAUAAAACAAGAAAACUA